AUGGCUAGUAAGCCUGGAGGAAGGCCCAAGCCACCACCGGAGCAGCAAUGGGAGGAACUGCUCACUUUCCAGCAUUUCCAGAAAACUUCUCUCUCAAGGCACAACUACGGUUAUGCCCAAGGCAGCAUGAGAACACUAACUGAGAGUGAAUUCAGCAGAUUGAGAGGAAUUACAUACCUUGACCAUGCGGGCACAACUCUGUAUCCACAAAGUCAACUUACAAGGUUUAUGGAUGAUCUAACAAAAAAUAUCUAUGGUAAUCCUCACAGCCAGCAUAUCAGCAGCAAACUUACUUAUGACACUACCGAACAUGUGCGGUAUAGGGUCUUAGAACACUUCAAUACUACUUCUGAAGACUACAGUGUCAUUUUUACCUCAGGAAGCACAGCUGCACUCAAACUGGUAGCAGAGGCCUUCCCCUGGAGCUCAGCAAGCUCAGAGAAUGGGGGAAGCAGGUUUUGUUACCUCUCAGACAGCCACACUUCCGUGGUGGGCAUCAGGAAGAUAGCUGAGGCAAUGCAAGUGUCAUCAGUUUUUGUGAAGCCAGAGGACAUUUUACUGUCAGAGAAAAGCAAUGGAGCAGUUUAUGAACCAGACUGCAAGACCCCUCAUCUCUUUUGUUACCCAGCUCAGAGUAAUUUUUCAGGAACUAAGUACCCCCUUUCUUGGAUAGAAAUGCUGAAGUCUGGACGUUUGAGCCCCAUGACCACCCCAGGGGAAUGGUUUGUGUUGCUUGAUGCAGCCUCCUAUGUCAGUACCUCUCCUUUAGAUCUGACAAUUCAUCCGGCAGACUUUAUUGUUAUUUCAUUUUACAAAAUCUUUGGAUUCCCCACUGGCCUCGGAGCACUGUUGGUCAACAACCGAGUUACUCACUUUCUCCAGAAAACUUACUUUGGAGGAGGAACAGCUGCUGCAUACCUUGCUGGAGAAGAUUUCUAUGUCCCCAGAAAAUCUAUAUCUGAAAGGUUUGAAGAUGGCACAAUUUCUUUCCUUGACAUUAUAGCAUUAAAACAUGGAUUUGAUAUUCUAGAAAGACUAACAGGUGGAAUGGAAAAUAUAAAACAACAUACUUUUGCCUUGGCUCAGUACACCUACACAGUGCUGGUUGCUCUCCAAUACCCAAAUGGAGCACCUGUGAUUCAGGUUUACAGUGAUACAGAGUUCAACAGUCCGGAGACCCAGGGUCCCAUCAUUAACUUUAAUGUGUUGGAUGACAGUGGAGACAUCGUUGGUUAUUCCCAGGUAGAAAAAAUGGCCAGUCUUCACAAUAUACAUGUUCGGACGGGCUGUUUCUGUAAUACAGGGGCAUGCCAGAGGCACCUGAACAUCAGCAAUGAGACCAUCAAAAAAAAUCUUCAGGCUGGCCAUAUCUGUGGGGAUGACAUAGAUCUUAUCGAUGGCCACCCUACAGGCUCAGUGAGAAUAUCGUUUGGCUACAUGUCCACUUUUGAAGAUGCACAGACUUUUCUGAAAUUCAUCAUAACAACCAGGUUAGGUAAGGCAGACAGUAAACUCCCCUUUCAGGUAACUCCUGGGGAAACUGCUGCUGUAACAGGAGAAUCUGUGGUACAAGAUGUGUGGGUCAACAAGCAUGAAACUGGGAAAUUGUCCCAGGAAGAUAUCCUCCUACAGGUUGAGCUGAACAAAUCCUCUAUGACCAUGAAAGAUGUGGACUUUCAUCCCCUUGAGACUAAGCCAGGAGGUGGCCUACAGAUUCCUUCACUGACCUCUGCAACAGCACUAGAUGGACAACUCCCAAAGUUCAUCAUCACCAAUAUCUAUAUUUAUCCUAUCAAAUCUUGUGCUUCUUUGGAGGUUACCAAAUGGCCAAUUGGAAAUCAAGGAUUGUUGUAUGACCGAAAUUGGAUGAUUGUAAAUCACAAUGGAGUUUGCCUUAGUCAGAAGCAGGAGCCUCGACUCUGCUUAAUUAAACCUUUAAUUGACCUGCAUCGAAAGACUCUGGUUAUCACAGCUGAAGGGAUGGAACCUAUAGAUGUGCCUCUAGAUGAAAAUAAUGAAAAAGAGUAUCAGAUUUGUCAGAGCAAAGUCUGUGCAGAUAGGGUAAAUACGUAUGAUUGUGGGGAAAAAAUUUCAGACUGGUUGUCAAAAUUUUUUGGUCGUCAUUGUCGUUUGAUCAAACAGAGUUCAAAUUUCAAAAGAAGGGCAAAUAAGAAACAUACAAAAGAUCCAUCUCAUGUCACAACAACCUCCCUUUCUCUGGUAAAUGAAGCACAGUAUCUCCUGAUAAAUAGAGCUAGUAUUCUGGAGCUUCAUCAGCUGUUAAAUGAAAGUGAUGAAAAUGGAACAAAAGAGUUAUUGCCAAUGAAAGAGUUAAUCGAACGUUUCCGUGCCAACAUAGUUAUCAAUGGAACCCAAGCUUUUGAAGAAGAGAAAUGGGAGGAGAUUUCCAUUGGCACCUUGAAUUUUCUGGUAUUGGGACCAUGUCACAGGUGCCAAAUGAUUUGCAUUGACCAAAAAACUGGACAAAGAAACCAAGAUGUUUUCCAAACACUUUCUGCUUCUCGAGAGAGGAAGGUUAACUUUGGGAUAUACCUGAUGCAUGAGCCUUCAGACUUGUCUUCAUCAUGUUUCAUCUCAGUGGGAUCACAGUUGCUUCCUGUGUUGAAAGAUACAGAAAACUACUCUUUACAAAGUUCUUGAGGAAGGAAUGGACUUAAGGAUGCUAACAUUCAGUGAAACAUUUUAGGAACAAAUCAAAUCUUUUUUCCCAGCUGACUCUAUAAUCCUUAUUAUAAGUUACAAAUUGCCCCCAAAAGCAUCCUGUCAACUUAGUUAUUUCAAAAAUGUUCUUAAGAAAAUGGACUAGCCUGAUUCUUCAAAGAUUGGGAGCUAGAGAGGAUAUUUCUCCCCUUUCUUCUCCUGAAUGAUACCCCAAUGAUAUCCAGAAUAGAUUUAUACUUGUAGAGGAGGGAAAUGAGAUGGAGAAAAGAAUUAGAAUAAAUAUCUCAUGUAAUUUGAGGUUAUUCAAAAGUUACUUGUUUGAAUACAAAUAUGUAUUUCAUCAUAUAAUAUUUUGAAAUAAGCAGAAGUUUAUUAAAGUACU